CACUCUCACUCCUGUCUGCUUCACUCCUGUCUGCUUCACCGUAGAAUUGCCCCUGCUGACCUUGUAGAUAAUCCUUGUACCAAAAAAAAAGCCCUUAGUAGGCUGUGCCAAUGUCAUCAUUUGCCCUUUUAACCUCGGCUAAUGAAUCGGCAGUAGGUGAGUGAGGACUCCGUUCAGCUCACCGGGACUGGUAUUUUUUGGGAGACAAAACAAAUAGCCGAGAUCCGUUUUUGGAGCUCGUUUCGUUUCAGAGGUGGCAUUUUCUGCGUCACUUUUAUUAUUUGUGUAUAUAGGACAGCCUCCGAGCACUGCUGGUGCAGCCAGCCUCGUCCAUCUUCCUCAUCAGAAUUUUAAAGACGAGCGUCUGCUAGCAGCCACUCCUCCCUGUCUCUGCUUCCUUCUUCGCUAGCAAGACAGCGAGCCGCGCGCGCAAUGCCCCAGGUGGACCUGGUGUGCGGCGCGUCGGGCGCCGGCGCUGGCGCCGGGGACAGGAAGGUGUCGUGCGAGACGGUCAUCGCGGGGGGCAGCGGCGACGCCUCGCCGCCGCCGCCGCCGCCGCCGGACCCGGACUUCCCUCCCGACUCGAUAACCAUCCCCAUCGGCGACGACGCGGCGUUCUCAGAGCUGAACCCGAUGUACGAGCGGGACGACUCCACCAAGGGCAGCACCAACCCCAAGUCCGCGGCCGCCGCCGUCGCCAACCCCAUCGUCGCGGCCAAGACGCGGUCCAACUCCACGCGCGCCGCGGGGGGCGCACCCCCGCCCCCCGCGUCCGGCACCACUUUCUUCGGCCUCCCAGCCAGGAUCCGCCCGACCUUCUCCCGGCGCCGGCCGUCGCAGUCGCAGUCGCAGUCGCAGUCGCAGGGCCGGAUCUUGCGCGACAAGCGCGCGGGCGGCGAGGUGGAGCCGCGGUCGCCCAAGGUGUCCUGCAUCGGCAAGGUCCUCUCCGACCGGGAGCGGCACGGGCGGCGCCGUGGCUGGUGGCACGGCGUGGCGGCCAUGUUCCGGUGCGACGGCUGCGCCCGCGUUGCCCGCGGCGCGUCCAGGAACAUGGCGGCGCUGGAGGACGAUGGCGUGGAGCAGCAGCAGCAGCAGCAGGCGGGCGUUGCGGGAAUGCGGAGGUUCAAGUCCGGGAGGAGAGCUGCUUCGUGGGGAGACGAGGCGCUGGCCACGGCGGCGGUGGGCGAUGUGGACGAGGGGAUGGAGAUGCCCGACAGCCAGGACGCUGAGCAGUGGUCCCGGCGGCCGGUAAUUUAGGUUGUGGCGAGAAGGCGGGAAACGACUGGCGUCGCCGGGACCCGCCGACUGUGGUCGCCGAUAGGUGAGACCGACUGCCCGAGGCGUCUCGAGUUGGUCGUAUCGUCCGUCUCUGCCAGGGAUGGGCGAUCGCAGACUGGCCUAGAACUUCGAGUUUUGGAUUUCGGUGGAUUGUUUCUGCAUGCAAUUUCGCAACCCCUUUGGAAGGGAUUGUUUGUUGAAAAUUCAACCGGUCGUCGGGGAACGCUGUGUAUAAAUAGUAGUACUACCUAAGCAGUGGCAGUGACACGAGCGCACAAUGUGCUCCACCAUUCGCGUGUCUUCCUCUUCUUCAUCGCAA